AUGAAUAUGUUGGAUGAUGAAGAUGACCAAAGCUUUCACGCUACGCGUGACGGCUACUCCCAUUUGAGCGAUGUCGAAUGGGAUGCGGUUGAACGAAUGGGUUCGACCAUGGGCAUCCAUGCUGUUAGCGUCAUGCUAGAGGCUCUCAAUAGAGACGCCCAACAUGCUACUAUCGCCAAGUUCAUUCAAAAUGAACUUGACGCAGAACGCGAGAAAGUAGCCUUGCUUCACCAACAAGGUUCUCAACAAGCAGAGUUGUUGAGAGAACAGGGUGCUCAACAGUUUGAACUGUUGAGACAGCAGCAGGCUGCUGCUGGCGGGUCGAUGAACUCGCGUCGACCCGAAACCUUGAAGAUUGACAUCUCUAAGUAUAGGGGGGUCGAAGAGGACUCCCUCUUGAGAUGGUUUGUCGAAUUGGACGGCGCCGUAAGGGCGCUUCGCAUCGACGACGGGGAUAUGCAAGUUGCAUUUGCCCAGUCAAAUCUGGCAGGACGUGCAAAGACCUGGGCACUGGGGCUCAUGUUACACGACCCAUGUGCGUUUGGGUCGUUGGAAGUCUUCAAGUCGCGGCUCAGAUAA